UCAUGGGGUAUAUAUAUACAGUGCUCUGUUCUCUGAAGCAUCCUUCCUAGGAAGAGUGAGUUUUCGGUGCUCAGGGUGGAGUUUAACAGCGGAGAAUAGAGGACCACUUUAGGACAUUGCUUCUUCUAUGUAGUCUAUACAGGGGAAGGAAGAUGCUCAGAUUUCUAACACUUGUCAGUUAGUAUUCUAGUUUUAAGUUACUCAGUUAGUACUUUAAUUUGGUCCCAGGUCCUACAGAUCCUGAGUUUUUUUUGUGGGUAGUGCAGUAGCAUAAUGGGGGCACGGUUGUGCACUGUUAGGUGGACGCCAGAUGGAGGGUGUCUAGAAUGUGUUCUGCUGUCGUCUGAGAUAAAUACGUGUCGUGGGGAGCUGUCAUCCAUGGAGCAGGAGCUGCWGAGGCUGCGGAGAGACACCAGGAUGAAUUCCUCCCAGCUCAGCUACGUGGAGGAGACCCUGCAGAAGACCCAGGGCCUACUGGAGGAGAAGAACAACGCUGUUGUGGACUUGGAGGAGAAGCUCCAAUGCUGUGAGGAGGACAGGCGGAACUCUGUGCAGCGUGGGAAGGAUCUGGAGGGACAGCUACAGGAGGUGCGAGAUGAGAUGCAUGACACCCUAGAGAAACUACAGGAACUGAGAGACCUGUUACAGCGCAUGCAGCUCGGCGCAGAUGAACGACACAUUUCAUUGGAGAAACUCUCCGCCGAGCUCAGGACUCUGCAGCAGAGCCAGCACCUGUGUGUCGGGAGAGAACAACACAAGAACUCCAGAGGACGACUGGGGAGCUGCAGGAUACACUCGCUGUGAGAGCCUGUGCAGAGCGAUGGAAAGCAUCAACCAACAUGCCAGGGGCAAGGCGAAACCUUCAUUUUGUUGCUGUUUAUAAAAGGACAUACCCAAAUGAAACCAUGCAUUCUUUCUGUGUUGUAUCCAUAACAACAAAGUGUGGUAUUUCUGUCAAUUUUACUAUGGCUAGAAGAUGACCUGUGUGUUGUCUUCUAUAGGAGGUGCAGGUGCGGGGUCCAGGCAGAGGCCAGACUGCAAGCCACUGUCUCCUCUCUGCAGCUGGAGAAGGAGAGAGAACGGCACAGCAAGGAGGUACAACUGGGCCCAACAACGGUCUUUGUAGUGUCUGUCAGUCGUUCUCUCUCUUUGUUUCAGUCAGUCUCUGUCUCU